AUGGGUUCUUUGAACGAGAUUACAUCAGACUUUGAAAUCGACAUCCUAUUCACACAACUAUGGAGGGAUGAGUCGCUGUCAUUUGCUCACAUGUUAGCUUGUAAAAGGAAUAUUACGAUGGAGCCACGUAUGUUGCAACGGAUCUGGACGCCGAAUACCUGUUUGAUUAACUCGAAGAGGACGAUGAUCCACGCGUCGCCCAGUGAGAAUGUGAUGCUGAUCCUUUACGAGAAUGGUACGGUAUGGAUAAAUCAUCGCCUGUCCGUGAAAUCCCCGUGCAAUCUCGAUUUAAGGCAGUUUCCAUUCGAUGUGCAGAGUUGUAUACUAAUCCUUGAAUCAUACAGUCACAAUGCUGAAGAGGUGCAGCUACGAUGGAUGGAAGAGGCAGUGACGUUGAUGAAGCCAAUUCAGCUACCAGACUUCGACAUGGUUCACUAUGAGACCAAGAAAGAAAAUCUCCUCUACCCGAAUGGAUACUGGGACCAACUACAAGUUGUCUUUACGUUCAAGCGUCGCUAUGGGUUCUACAUUAUUCAAGCCUAUGUUCCAACAUAUCUUACGAUAAUCGUAUCCUGGGUAUCCUUCUGUAUGGAACCAAAGGCACUGCCAGCACGAACUACUGUCGGCAUUUCAUCACUACUAGCCUUGACAUUUCAGUUUGGAAACAUUUUGAAGAAUCUGCCUCGUGUCUCCUACGUCAAAGCUAUGGACGUAUGGAUGUUAGGGUGCAUAUCAUUUGUCUUCGGUACCAUGGUUGAAUUAGCGUUCGUCUGCUACAUAAGCCGAUGCCAGAACAGUGUUAGGAGUGCUGAACGACGCAAGGAGCGUGUACGAACAUCGCAAAUUUGGACUAACGGAUCGUGCAGGAAUCGAGCAGGGCACACGAAUUCGAAUGGAAACAACAAGCAU